ACGAAAAGCUAUGAGUUACAAGUUGUAUUUAAAAAUGGCGUCUACUGGUAUAGGUUUUCGUUGGUUGGAUAUUUUAGAAAAAGAAUUUGAUACAAACUUUGUAGAUUUGGAUUAUCAUUUAGGGGAAUUGGAAGCAGAAGAUCCCGAAAUUGUAUGCAAUGCUCGACAUAAAAUGACAGCUUUGAGUUCAUGCUUCGCUCAAUUAACACAUAAAGCACAAACAAUCUUCCAGAAUAGCGCAAAAGUUGAGGCUGAAUUAGUAAAUUUACGUACAGAGUUAAUCAACGCUAAAGCAAAAAAGGAAUGUUUAGAACAAGAAUUACACACAGUUGUAUUAGAAUUACAUGCAGCCCAAUUAUUAAAUAAACUUCCAGCUCACACCGACAAAAAUAACAUAUCAAAUACUACAAGCGGCUUAGCAAAUAACAAUAACACAACAACAUUGGAACCACAAGAAGUAUGUCGAAUACAAAAGAAACUACAAGAGGAAUUAGAAAAAUCACCAACACAUAGAAAAUCAUCGAUGCAAAUCAAUGAGGAUAAAACAUUAUUACAGCAAUUAGCACAUUAUCGUAACGAAAGUAUACAAUUUCAAAAUGAAAAUACAGCACUGCGCAAUUCAAUAUUGGCAUUACAUAGUGAAGUGUAUGGUGCUCGUUUAGCUGCUAAAUACUUAGAUAAAGAAUUAGCUGGCAGAAUACAACAAUUACAAUUAUUAGGUAAAGAAAUGCGUGGUGACGUUCGUGAUAAAUUAUGGCGGCAAUUAGAAUCUGAAAUCUUAUUACAACGGCAUAAAACGGUAGUUAGAGCAUGUCGUCGGAAUAACAAUCAUUCAAUUACAAAUGGUAAUUGUCCGAAAACAGAUGUGAAUAGUAUAGUUCCUAUUGGAUUGAGUGAUACUCGUCUAGUCACAGUGAAAAGAAAUCAUGGGCAAGGUUUAGGCAUUAGUAUUACGGGUGGACGGGAACAUGGUGUACCAAUCCUUAUAUCAGAACUAGAACCAAAUGGUCCAGCUGCAUUAUCAGGCCAAUUGUAUAUAGGUGAUGCAAUAUUAUCCGUAAAUGGUAUAGAUUUAAAACAAGCGUGUCAUAAAGAAGCAGUUCAUGUUCUGCAACAACAAACUGGUGACUGUCUUUUAAUGGUGCAGUAUAUUGCAGCUGAAGAUAGUGAUACAAAUUCUUUAAGUGAAGAUGGAUAUAAUUUUCAAUAUCGUUUUUUUGACACAGAAGUAUGCGAUUCAAAUGAUCCAAUAAAUUUACAACCCCUUUUACAUGGAACAGGUGCAAUGGCUAAUACACCAACAGCACCACGAACACCAGAUUUUAAUGAACAAAGUCGUAUGAAAAAAUAUUCGAUAUUUUAUUAUUGGCAAUAAAUAUGUAAAAGAGCAUUAAAUAUGCAUUUGAGCUCAGGACAAAAUAACUUUACCCGAAUUUAAAAUUCGAAGCGAAGAACCAGAAAAAUUCAUAGAAAGUUUUGAAGUAACUUUUAAAUAAAGUAUCAACACCUUAAAAUUUAAAUUUGGAAUAACGAAACCUCACUGCAUUGUUUUAAGUCGAACAAAUAUCUAACUGUCUAUUGACUGUAUAAAUUGUUUAGCACACCCAAUGAACAAUUGCCUCUUUGUAGUAGGUACACAAAAAGUUUACUGAAAGGGAAUUGGAAAUGUGUGAAAAGACAAGAAAUUAUAUUUUAUGCCUAAAUUCCAUCCGAAUAUUUCCGAGUAUUCAAUUCUUAAUAGAUAUAAAAUAGAAAAAAACUUGACUUAUUAUGCAAAAUACUAUUAGUUAAAUUAUCGUUUAGAUACAUAUUAUAUUUAAAUUAUUAUCCACCUUUACAAUUUAGUAACUACUAACUAUCGAAAUAUUAAUUUUAAGAAAAAAUUUUUUUUUUGUUAAAGCCAAAUACUUUAUUCCAUAGGUAAUAUAAAACCAUAAUCUGUAAAUAUUUCCAUCUUUUAUAAAAUUUUUACAUUGGUAAUCAACAAUAAUUUGUGGUCACUGCAUAAGUUUAAAAAAAAUCGUUUUUUUAUUGAAAUAGCAUUUUUGAUGCUUAACCCCUGACAAAAAAAGAGGACUGUUAUAAGUUUGAUCGCAAUGCUGGGCAAGUUGAUGUCCCCAAAAUGCUCUUUCUUGACACUAAGUAAACUUACUAACAAAUUUUCAACCCUCCAUCUCAAUUUGCGAGUCCCUAAUACAUCACAGAAUGAAAUGAAGGUAACGUUUUAAACUUUUAACGUUACCUAGUUUUCAUUAAAUUUUUUAGAUAACCAUAGUGCAAUUACCAAAAAAAA